CGCAGUCAGUGGAGCCCAAAUGAAUACGCCGCGACGUUACGCUGACGUGACGCUUACGUUUGCAGCCGGUGGAGCCCGGCCGUAAGGUUCUGCUCGUUAGUAAUUAACUCUGACGUUGGAUGUUCACUCCUUCACACAGAUGAGUAUUGAAAAAUAUUUUUAAUACCCCCCCCCCCCGGACCACACCAUCACAAAUAGAUUCCUGUCCUGUGGGAAACACUGUGUUGCUUGUUAACUCUUAGCUGUCAGCAUGUUAGCUGUUAGCAUCUUAGCUGUCAGAUGUGAUAUUAAUAUGUUUGUAUAUUAUAAAUCGUCGUCACUGUUUGUGUUUUCAGAGACGGGACUAAAAGAUGAAGAACAAAAUAUCAAACAGAUUUUAUUUUAUUAUGUAGAUGAUUUUAAUAACUGUAAAGUUUUAAAUUCAACAACAGACUAACAGAAAAAAACUUAAAUUCUGCAGAUUUCAAAUUAAAACAUCAGAUAAAUCUGAAUCUGAAUCUGAUGUGACGGCAGGGAGAGUGAUGACUUCCUGUUUGCUGCUCACAGAGAAAACUUUAUCGUAACGUUAAAGUGACAAACAGAAAAAAGCACAAAGUAUUUUACGGCGCCAGUAAUUAUAUUUUAUUUAUACAGAAACUUUCAAAGUGCAGACACAAACACGGACAGGAUGUCAGGCUUUUAUUUUGUCUUCAACAGGAAGUAAAACACACCAAAGUUUAUUUUUACGGCACCUUUAAACAACAAGACAAAUAAACCCCCCAAAAAAACAGGAUGUAUAUAAUGACAAAAACAGAAGAUAAAAAACGGAGAGUCAGAGUUACAGAUUUGAUUUCAGAAAAUACAAACACAAAAUAUUUUUUCUGUCAGUUUGUUUCAGAUUUGUGGAAAAUGAAAACCUGAAUGUUGAUUUUAAUGUUUCAUGUUUAAUCUGAGGUUUAAGAAUUCCUACGCACCUUGAAUGUCUCAGAGAGGAGGACUGUAGUUUCAGUUUCCUUCAGGUCGUCUUCUCGUUUUAUGGUCAGAAUCAUUUCAGCACAAACAUUUCACUCAUGUCUUUAUCAGUUCGUCUGUCACAGGGUUGGAAAAUUUCUGGGAUGUUUUCAGUAAAUUUUGUGUAAAAUUUAUAGGGAAGUAAAGCUCGGGAGUUUGUUACAUAUUUUCUUUAUUUUUUCAUAGUUUAAAAAAAUGUACCUGUGAAAUGUAAACUCAUUUUGGUGGAAAAUACACAUUAGAAAGCAAGACUGAGUCUGAGUCUGAUGGUACGUCAGGUAAAAAGUAUGUAUGGUUGUGAAGGGUCAGUAAACUUCCCAAAAAUGUCUGGUAAAAUUUUAGUAAAUGCCUGCUACGUUUUUGUAAAUGUCAGCUAAAUUUCCAGUAAAUGUCCAUGUAGUUUCCAGUAAAUAUCUGGUCAAUUUCUCAGUAAAUCAGAUAACCAGUGUAGUUCCAUAUAUUUUCAUGAAAAAUGUCUGGUAAAUCUCCAGUGAUCUCCAAAUUUUCUCUAAAUGCCCAUGUAAUUUCCUGUCCAUAGGUUUUAAUUUUUUAAUUUUAAUUUUUUAAUUUUAUAUACUUUAUUAAUCCCCAAGGGGAAAUUUAAUUUUUUCACUCUGUUUGUCAAUUACACACAGGUCCGAACACACACAUGCACAAACAGGACCUAUACAUGCACUAAGUGGAGAGAUGUCAGAGUGGGCUGCCCAUGACAGGCGCUCAGAGCGGUUGGGGGGUUCGGUGCCUUGCUCAGGAGCACCUCGGCAGUGCCCAGGAGGUGAACUGGCACCUCUCCAGCUACCAGUCCACGCUCCAUAUUUUGGUCCGGACGGGGACUUGGACGGGGACUUGAACAGGCGACCCUCCGGUUCCCAACCCAAGUCCCUAUGGACUGAGCUACUGCUGCCCCAAAUAAGUGUCCAGUAUAUUUACUGAAUUUCUUGUACAUUUCCAGUAAAUUUCCGUGAAAUUUAAAGUCAAUAUCAGCUAAAUGUCAAGUACAUUUUCUGUAUGGCGAGGACAUUGUUGGUAAAUGUCUGCUAAAUAUUCCAGGGAAGUUGAGCUCAGGAGUGUUGUUUAAGAAAUAUAUAGUUCUUAAAAUUUUACCACAAAAAUUUACCUGUUAUUAGCCAGGAGUGGGGGGGGGGGGGGGGGGGGGUUGUUUAUUAAAUGUUCAAUCUGAUGUUAAAUUAAUCAACUUAUUCAAUUGAAGUUUAGUUUUCUUUUUUUCCAGUUUAAAGUGAUGAUGAUGAUGAUGAUGAUGAUGAUGGUGACCUUCUUAUUUACAUGUUUCCACCCUGAAUAUUCCAGACACUGUCAGCCGUAGUUGCUACUCACAACAGACUUUUAAAAAUUCCUACACCACCUGAACGCCUCAGACUGGGAGACUGUGGUUAAACCAGUAAGAUCCAGUUCAGCUGCUGGUUUUAUGUUUGGAUUAUUCCUGCUCCUCUCAGAGGCUCCUCUGGAUCAGAUGAAGGUGGAGGGCUUGCAGGAGGACGGGGAGUCCGUGUCUUCAGCAGACCGGACCACCACUGACGCCACCGCCGCUGCUGCAGGUGCAGUCCGUAUGGGCGGGGCUCUGUGCAGCCCCGGCUCGGCUGAACGCUGCAUGUCACGGCUGCUGAGCGCGGUGGAGAGCGAGCUGCAGGCCGGCCGGGAGAAGGGUGAUCCCACGGAGCGCGAGCUGAGGGUGGUGCUGGAGGAUGCCGAGCUAUGGAGGAAGUUUCAGCACAUCACCAACGAGAUGAUCGUCACCAAGAACGGACGGCGGAUGUUCCCGGUCCUGAAGGUCAGCGUCUCCGGUCUGGACCCCAGCUCCAUGUACUCCUUCCUGUUGGACUUUGUGCCGGCCGACGGCUGCCGCUGGAAGUUUGUGAAUGGAGAGUGGGUGGCGGCGGGGCGGGCGGAGGGCCGCAGCGAGGGUCGGGGACACGGCGGCAUCUACAUCCACCCCGACUCGCCAAACUUCGGAGCUCACUGGAUGAAGGCGGCCGUGACCUUCAACAAGGUCAAACUCACUAACAAGGUCAACGGAGGAGGACAGAUCAUGUUGAACUCUCUCCAUAAGUACGAGCCACAGCUCCACAUCGUGUGUGUCGGCUCACGUCAUCGUCUUGUCUCCAACGUGUCCUUCAAGGAGACGCAGUUCAUUGCCGUCACCGCCUACCAGAACGAAGAGAUCACGGCUCUGAAGAUCAAAUACAACCCGUUCGCUAAGGCCUUCCUGGACGCCAAAGAGAGGAACCCGGGUGGGCGGAGCUUAGCAGAGUCAUCAGAGAGUCGUGUUGGGAUUCAGCCCUGCUGGUCUCUGUGCUCGGCAGGAGGGGGUGGAGCUUUUCCUUAUGGCAGCAGCCUCCCGCUGACAUCCCAUCAUCACCACGGUUACAAACACCACGGUUACCCCGGGCGACACACACCUUACCCCACCACCUACCUGCCGCACCGCACACACUCCUCAGUGUGUCUGUCUGAAGGAGUGUUAUCAGACGGAUGGAGCAGCUCCUCCCCUCGUCCCCCCUCCUCCUCCUCUUCCUCCCUGUCCUCUCCCCCCUCCCUCCCCUUGACUAGCAGCGCUCCUUCCUCACAGCCUCCUCCUCCUCAUAACUCCAGUCAGUAUCCCUGUCUGUGGACCGUCGGAUGCACUGAGCUAAGCCCCGCCCACUCACCCUGCACCACUCUCCACGGACCAAUCAGCAGCGACAGCCUGAUGCAGCCGCCCAGUCACGGUCGAGUGGGCGGUGCCGGAUGGCCACCUGGCCCCACCCACUCCUUCUGAGGAGGGAUGUGAUUGGUCGAAUGGAGGUGAAGGCUACUGGUGACCACUGAUGACCACUGGUGGCUACUGGUGGCUGCUGGUGACCACUGGUGGCUACUGGUGACCACUGAUGACCACUGGUGGCUACUGGUGACCACUGGUGGUCACUGGUGACCAUUGGUGACCACUGGUGACCACUGGUGGCCGCUGAUGACCACUGGUGGCUGCUGGUGACCACUGGUGGCUACUGGUGACCACUGGUGGCUGCUGGUGACCACUGAUGAACACUGGUGACCACUGGUGGGUACUGGUGACCACUGAUGACCACUGGUGGCUACUGGUGGCUACUGGUGACCACUGGUGACCACUGAUGACCACUGGUGGCUACUGGUGACCACUGGUGACCACUGGUGGCUAUUGGUGACCACUGGUGGCUACUGGUGACCACUGGUGACCACUGUGGACCACUGGGUACCACUGGUGUCCACUAAUGACCACUGGUGGCUACUGGGGACCACUGGUGGCUACUGGUGAACACUGGUGGCUACUGGUGACCACUGGUGGCCACUGGUGGCUACUGGUGACCACUGGUGGCUACUGGUGGCCACUGGUGGCUACUGGUGACCACUGAUCACCGCUGGUGGCUACUGGUGACCACUGGUGGCUACUGGUGAUCACUGGUAUCUACUGGUGACCACUGGUGGCUACUGGUGACCACUGGUGGCCACUGGUGACCGCUGGUGGCCACUGGUGACCGCUGGUGGCUACUGGUGAGAGCUGAAGAGUCCCAGUCCCCACAGUGGUGCCUGUAAAUAGCUCAUCCUCCAUCACUGAUUGUUAAAGGUCUCUGUUGGCGGCUAACAGUAGCCGAUGGUGACCACUGGUCAAUAUUCCCAGUUAACUACCAGCGGGUACUGGUCUCUGUUGGUGGCUACUGAAGUUGUACUGUUGUAUACUUGUCCGUGAAGAUUCUCAGUCAUCCAGGUCAUGGUAAUCCUAAGUGCUAUA